AUGGCACUCACUCGCGCCCAAAUCGCCGGCAUCGCAGUCGCCAUCUUCAUCACCGUCCUUUCCAUCGUGACCUUCAUCAUCAGCUACUGCCACAACCGCAACCUUGUCAAGCAACCAGACGACGCCGAAGCCCAAGCUGAGCCAGAGCUACAGCUCCCGGGUCCUCUGGUGCAGGAUAACAGCCGCAAAACCCACCCGCAGACCUUCUAUGACUGGGUACGCUCCGGCAACGACUCCUCUACUCGUCACUCGCCAGUCACCACCACCAAGAUUCAGCCGAAACAGCACCGUCAUGAUCGCUAUCCUUCUCUCGAGCAUGGCCCUGGACCUGUCAUUCGUUCACGACCCAUUGUCACCCAGAGCGUAUCUACCCCGACCACUGCGCCGAAGGUAGAGCGCCCUGGAUCCGAUGACUCGAUCAAGGCUUCCAGUCUGCAUCAGGCAGUGCUGGAUAUUGGAGGUUCGAAGGGACAAGGAGAGGGUAAGAAAGAGCCGAGGAAGUUGGAGGAGAAGUCUACCGCCUUGUCGCAUCACACGUUCACCCAAAUCACCAAGACAACAUCACGUAGCGAAGGGGAAGGGGAAAAUGGCAAUCAAGCAUCAUCUUCGCACCUUGCGGCACUCAGACUCAGCGACACCUAGGGGGAGAGGACCUUUUUUCAUUGACUCCUGAUCAUCAUGCCGCCGUAUAUAGCCAUAAAACCAUGCCAUAGUCGUGGCAGAACCCCAUUCCCAGAUGACACCAUGUUUUCAGUAAAUCCAGAAGGGAAGGAAGACCGGACCGCGCAUCUAAGAGCGGUUCUGCUGGUUGCGGUCGUUGAA